AUGUACACGGACCAAAUUCAAAUGUAUCUUCGAAAAGCAACUAGCACUGAGUUUCAACAAAAACAGUACUUGAAAUGGGAAACAGGGAAUCCACAAGGAGUCAUCAGUAAUAUUCAAACUUUGAAUCCAAGUAUGUAGAGCUAAAUUAACAAUAAUAUUCUCAACAACUUGAAUAAGCAAGCUUAAAACAUUUUGAUGAUGAGUCAUAAUGGUGGUUUACUUAAUGUAGGCAACUACAAUAAUGCCCAAGGAAAUUUAAAAACUCCAAAAGGAAAAAAGCCAAAGAAGAUUCUAUUAAGUUAAACUGCUAACAUAACCCAAAUAAAUAAUGGUCUCCUCUUAUAAGGUUAAGGGUAAAUGAAUUAGUAGAUCAUGAUGGAAGCGCUUAAAUUAUGUGAGGAAUUUCCUGAAUCAGACUAAUAUGUGAUUACAACUCAAGCUUAGCAAUACUAGGCAGAACUUAUUUAACAGCAAAUGAUAAUGAUGCAAGAAGCCUAGUAAUAAGUUGAAGAAGAGACAAUAGAACAAUUUAAUAAGGCUGUUAUUGAGCCUGAGGAAAAAUAAAUUAAACUACAAAUCAAGUCAAAACAAAAAGCAAAGCUCAAAAAAAGUUAGAAUACUAUAGCAUCCCAAUAAAGUAAGCAAGCUGUGAAAGAGUAGAUUACUAUUAUAUCGUCUAAUCUUUUGCCUCUCUAACCAUAACAGCCUUAAAUUUAAGGUAAAAAAGCAACCAAUACAAAGUAAAGUUAGGAGAACUAGCAGCAAAUAGUUAAUCCUUAGCAACAGAAACAGCAGAAUUAGAUGGCUAAUCUUAAAUAAGGAUUGAUAUAAACAAUUUAGGAGGUUGUUAAACCAGUAGUAUCCAGAUCUGAGGAUAUGAACUUUCUUAAACAAAUAAUUGACAUUAAAAACAGAAAACUUAAGCCAAAGUAUACUGAUUCAACAGUAUUCUUCAAUAUACUACAAAAAGAAAAUUAAAGAUAAUAGGUAGAGGCUUUUCAUUUGAAUAAGACUGCUAAUAUAAGAAUUGAUGAUAAGCCUAUUAUAAAGAAAUUGCAGAAAUCAGUGAAAAAAAUGCUAAAGCCAUUUAAAGGUCUGAACUUUGAUGAUUUUCUACAUGCUGAAAUUCAUUUAAAUGAGAUUAUGGUAUCUCAACAGGAUAGUUAGUAAAUGGAGCAAAUGAAGGAGUCAAGAAAGAGGCAUAUGAGAAUACUCUAAGCAGCUCUCAAGGAAUGCAUUGUGGAUCCAUCUGUCUGCAUUGCUAUUUGUGUUUAGGUCUCUCGCUAGGCAUUUUUUAAUGAACUUAAGGAUUACUUUUAAUGCGCACAUGAGAAUAUUAUAAAUGGCUAACUACCAGCUCAAACAACAAGCACUAAUAAUAAUUCUGGGAAUACCAAUACUAAUAGUACUUAGAGCGAAAUUCUAAAUUAUUAAAACUUAAAAAAAUUAAUAUAAAAAGCAAAUGUCUAAUCGAAGGUUUAAAUCUAACAUAAUAAAAAAAUUGACAAAAUUUUCAAAGUUCUAUUUGAGUAAAAUGUUCAUGUUCUUAAACAAAUUUCUACCUACAAGGAUAAAUAUGAUUAAAAGAAAAUUACUGAUUAGAUUCAGUCUGAAUAGGACACUCCAACAUAUUUUACUAGAAAUAGAGAUUCAACCUUAAAUACAGGAAGAAAUUAAUCAGCAAUAGAUUUUAUAAAAGAGACUAAUUACAUAAUUAAUCUUCCUAAUACGAAAAAGAAGCAAACUAUUAGCCUUGAUUAAAAUCCAGAUCUUUUGAAAGCUAAUACAGGCCACAAAGUAACUUUAAGUAGAAGUGGAAAUCAAACUAUGCAGAACUUUUACAAUACUCCUUAGGUUAAAGUUACAAGUAAAAUUGAUCCUAACAUGAUAACUGUAAGACUAGGAAAUUAAAAGGCAGUCACUACUAAUUCUAAUUCUAAGGUUUUAGCUCCGAUUCAGAAAAUGAAUAUAUCAUCAAAGGGAACAACACAUACCACUGAGUCACUUUAUGAUUCACAGUAGAUAUACUUGGAAAAUUUAGAUUUAAAAAAUCUUAAGCGACUUAAUCAACUUCCAUCUAUUUAGCAUUAGCAUCUAAAUAGCGGCGUUAGUACUCCUAUAGGAAACUAGGCUUAAUUAUCUGGUAAGGAUUCUGGCCAUAGAGGAAAUAGUGCUGAAAACUUGCUAAAGCUAUUGUAUUAAAACAAAAAAAAGAAAUUGCUCGAGCCUAUUAGAAAAAAUAAGCAUGAACAGACUAUGAAGAAACCAAUGACAAAUAAUCCCUUAAUGACUUAAGAUAACAGGAUUUAAAUUGCUAAGUUAAAUAGUUCACCUCCAAAGAUGCAAAAGCAUAGCAGCCAAACUAGAGUAGAGAUGGCCUAAGGUAGAAAUAGAAAUCAAUCUCAGGGAAAGACUAAUAAAAUUAUAAUUAAUCAUGCUUCAUUUACUGUCAAAGAAACAAACAAUGAAUCUUAGCAGGACUUGAAUAACAAAAGUUUGGGCAGCAUUAAUCUGAAAUAAUCUCUCUCAAACAAUAAUAUGUCUCGAAUGGUGCGGACUAGCAAUAUGUAAGUUCGAAACAAAUUCGCAAUGUUUAACCGUAUGACUACAUAGAACUUGGAGAUAUAUGAUAAAUUUCGGACACCCACUAAAAGUCUCCAUCACUAGCAGUAAUCAAGUUAUGAGUAUAGAAUCUCUGAGUAGCUAGAUGCAUAUCUCACGAGAUACUUUAACAAGAAAGAGAUCAUUAACUUUAUGAUAAAUCACUAAGCAAAGAUCAUUUAGUGGGCUUGGAAAGAAAGAUUCGAAUAGAAAAUUUAGGCCAAAAAUUUCAUUCUCAAGUAUUGGAAGCUACAUAGGUAAUAUAUGGUGAGAUGCUAAAAUUUAGAUACAAAGAUAUAUUUGAUCAAUCAUAAAAGAGCAGCUAGAAUUAUUGAGAAAGCAUAUUCACUUUAUCGAAUAAGAAAGCGUUUUCGAUCAUGGAAUUAAUUUAUAGACUAUAGUAAGAUAAGUGGGUUUAUGGCUAAAGUAGUUAUGAUAUAGAGGGCUGUUAGAAAGCGAUAGAUGUCAAACUACACAGAGUAUAGAUAAAUUAGUAAAUGUUACAACCAUUUUGUAAAUGAGUUCAAUAAACUAAAGCAGAAAUAUAUCCCAUAGGUAAUCCUUGAUUCUCGCAGAAUUUAAAAUGAUAUGUACUUCUCUCUUUAAUGCUAGCAACUAGAUGAGUAUAUAUCUGUGCAAUAGAAUAAUUAUAUAACAGAUUUGUAAAAAUAUGAGCAGAAGCUUGAAGAGGCUGUUGAGGAAAAUCUUGAUAAACGAGAGUGGAACUUCAAUAGUGCUAGCAGAGAAUGGACUAAUUAAAGACUAAAUCUUACUCUGAAAAAUCACUAUGCAAAUGGAUAAUAGCCUCAAAUCACUACUCCUCUACAAAAGUUACUUGAAUGCAACAGGCUAUCAUUCAUGCCAAACUCACAAUAGCAAUAGAAGUUCCUUGAAAGUCUACGGACAAUUAAAGCAAAGAUGAUUCACUAGCUGAAUAUGGAUAGACUUGAAACUAAUUGGGAACUUGAAAUGGCACUAAAAUUGAACCGUAUAAAAUAGAUCGAUUAAUCAUUUGAUUGA